AUGGUCCCCCCUCCACAAAGAGCGGGAUCAUUCUCACCAAAUCCUGCGCAGACCCUUCAAACUGGCAGUAACCACUCACCCCAUCCAUCGCAUACUGGUAUCCUCAGUGCUGGCGCAAGCCCCAGCACAAGCAGUCCAACGGGGGCCAACUCCCUGACGAAAAUUGUCGUCGCCCAAGUCUAUCUCUUGCUCAGUACCAUUAAGGAGGAUAAGGAUCGUGCCAAGUGGGAGCUGCAAGUCGAGCAAUUACGAAAGCUCAUCGAUGAACACGGCAUGGAGGUCUUUUCCAAAUACUUCACCCGGUUGGUGGCGGGCAAUGCACCCCAGAUAUUCCCGGGCCUCAACAGACCCGUUGCCAACCCUGGCAACUACCACAUUCUCGUUGGUGAGAUGCGCAAGAUUGCACACGAUGUCGAUCAAGCCACAAAAAUCGCAGAGUCGGUGGAAAGUGGCACGGAGGACAUAUUCCGCGAUUUCGACCUGUCAACGUUUAUGGAGCACUUCAAGCUCGAUGCCUUGGAAAAGACCUUGUUAGCUUUGGCAUUCAAGCUUGGGUCUCGCCCUGACUUGAAAACGAAAGCGGAUGCCAUCCUAUCCACCAACUUCCCGACCUUCAUGGACAUCAUCUCUCGACCGGAUAUUGAAGCCCACUCUGACCUCACCCCCGCCUUUAUAUCACUCAUCAUUGACAGAUUUUUGCAAUACUAUCCUCCGAGCUUCAAUGCAGCCUCUCGCCGAGAUCUCCAAAAUUCGGUUGCCAAGCGUUAUUUGUCUGUGGACCAGGCACCCCCUUCCGAAGUCCUGGCAGCCCUCGAUAUCAGCAGAGUUCUAGCCGAUCGGCCUACCAAUUCCUUGGCUCGCUACAUUCAAAAGUCUGGGCCGGACUCUACAAGGGACGAUGAAUCGUGCUUUCAGUUCCUGCGGGGUCGGCCGGCUAACAUCCAGCUCGGCCCUGAGCAGGUUUCUGCGGCACUGACAUAUGCUACAGUCAGCCAAACUCCCCCUCAUGAUCCCGUUGUCCUCGUCAGCGCGCUCCUCCGUAUUGUGCCCAAAUCUUUCGAUUGGACCGAAGUGGUCCUUUGUUUUGACCAGCCCUCGGCACGCAUCUCUUCUGCUCAAUUCCUACGCCUUUACAGGGCUCUUUUACCUAUCGCCGAGGAGCCAGCGAACAAUUUCGAUAUUCAGCGCCUGUGGGGUGGCUCUUGGAGCGAGCCGGAGGCACAGCUGUCUUUCGUCAGCGCCUACGCUUCUCUGGGCCCUGAUCAACUCGAUGCUACCACAAUUCCCGGUCUCGAACGGAGCAUCAAGAUUGAAGACUAUGCAAAUUCGCCUCCUAACGUGCAGGAACGUGCCGCUGUCGUCGUCAAGCAUCCACUUGUAUCCGUGGCGGCACUGUCGGCAAUAUUCAAUGUCGCCCUCAACUCAGUCCACGCAUCCCAGAGUGUCGAAGCCAAGCGACUAUUCCAAGAGGUCGUCGUCCCGAACCUUGACAUCUUCUUAGUCUCCGCUUUUGAGGUUCCCAGGCAGUCAUGGGCAGUCAUGGCCAUUGAUACCCUGAACUCUCUUUUCGAGACCUUUUUAUACAAGCGCUCACCCGAGUACGACUUUGUGCUCGAUAGCCUUUGGAAAAAGGACAAGGAAUGGGUUGUGCAGCGACUUAUUGACGCGCAUGCGGUUAAGCCUGUGGAUCUGCCGCUCAUUUUCGACCAUGCAGCCAAGCAUAACUGGCUGGAAGAGCUGGUGUAUCUUCCAAACGGAUUCGGCAUUGAUCUUGCAGCCUUUGCUCACGCGGAGGGCUACUUGGACUUGUCGAAAUGGGCUCAGUUCAAUGCUGAGAGAAGCAAUGAGAUUGCUCGAACUUUGUUGCAGUUCCUCAUGAUCAAAGCAAACCUAGAGAUCCAGUUCCAGCGACCGCCAGAUGGCCAGCCACCCGUGAAAACCAGUACCAGUCUCCAGGUGCGAACUGUUUCGGCAUUGUUGCAGAUACUUGAGGACUUCCUACCCAAAGCACCAGUUCUCGAUCUCAUUCUCGUCCAGCGUCACUGUAUUACCGCGUACCCCCGCUUGAUCAACUAUGGAGAAGGAUAUGAUGACAUAAUUGAUGCCAAUGGAAAGGAUGGAAAUGCUCUACCGCAAGCAGCCAAUAGUAAGAUGGAGGAGCAUUAUAAAAAGAUGUACGGCGAUGAGAUCCAAGUCCGCACAAUCGUGGAGAUAUUGGAUCGCUACAAGCAUUCGCGGGAUCAGCUCGACCAGGAUGUAUUUGCCUGCAUGAUUCAUGGCCUGUUCGAUGAGUACAAUCAUUAUGUCGACUAUCCCCUUGAAGCUCUUGCCACAACCGCGGUUCUUUUUGGAGGAAUCAUUUCUCACAAGCUUAUUUCUGAUCUUCCCCUGAAGAUUGGUCUUGGGAUGAUUUUGGAGGCUGUAAGGGAUCACAUGCCUGAUGACCCAAUGUUUAAAUUUGGUCUUCAGGCUUUGAUGCAACUCUUGGUGCGUCUUCGGGAAUGGCCAGGAUUCUGUAAACAGCUACUUCAAAUUCCUGGCCUCCAGGGAACCGAGGCGUUCAAAAAGGCAGAGGAGAUUGUUCGAGAUCACGAAGAGGAGCUUGUACGUGCUCGCAAUGGAUCAGGCACUCCCCAUGGGGUGGGAUUUCCCAUCGAUUCCUUUGCGAACGGAACUGGCGAUGAACAAGCCAGCAUUGACCGUCCGGCCCCCGCGUUCGCAGCCAUCAGCAUUGAUCCGCCCUCUGCCGAACUCGAAUUCGAGGAUCCAGAUGAUGAAACCCAGGGCAAGAUCCAGUUCGUCCUCAACAACAUCACCGAAGGUACCCUUCAGUCAAUGUCCACCGAGCUUCGCGAUAUGCUCGAACGAAGGUACCAGCAAUGGUUUGCUGGCCAUCUUGUCGAGGAACGAGCAAAAAUGCAACCCAAUUAUCAUCAUGUGUACCUGGAACUCGUCAAACAGUUUGAAGACAAAAUUCUCUGGGCCGAGGUUCUCCGCGAGACGUUUAUCAGUGUAUCUAGGAUGCUAAACUCUGAAGCGACUUUGCAGAAUUCCACGGAGAGAUCACAUCUGAAGAAUCUUGGAGGGUGGCUUGGUCUCUUGACCCUUGCCAGGGACUAUCCGAUUAAGCACAGAAACAUUGCUUUUAAACAGCUUCUUAUUGAGGCGCACGAUACUAAACGCCUCAUUGUCGUCAUCCCGUUUGUCUGCAAAGUUUUAACCCAAAGCGCAAGCUCAGCAGUUUUCAGACCUCCCAACCCAUGGCUGAUGGACAUCAUUCACUUAUUGAUUGAGCUAUAUCACCAUGCUGAACUGAAGCUCAAUCUGAAAUUCGAGAUUGAGGUCCUAUGCAAGGGCUUGAACCUGGAUCACAAGAGCAUUGAGCCGUCUGGAGAGAUUCUCAACCGACCUGCUGCAGACGAGCCGGAUAGUAUUCUUGUUCAAGAGCAACUCGAGGCCUUUGAGAGCUUGUCGCUGAACGGGAUCGGAUCGGCGGUCGGACCUGGCUUAUCUCCUCAAGUCCCAACCAUUCCGGAGCUUGGACCUCUCAUCACGAUACCUCCUACCAACGAGAUGGUUGUCAGCACCAGCAGGCUGCACGAAAUCGUUCGAUCAGCUCUCACUCGCGCUCUUCAGGAUAUUAUACAACCAGUCGUCGAUAGAUCCGUCACUAUUGCUGCGAUAUCAACCCAGCAGAUGAUUCGGAAAGAUUUCAUUGCCGAACCAGAUGAAAACCGCGUACGUACUUCCGCUAUCAACAUGGUGAAGGCUACUGCCGGCAGCCUAGCUCUCGUUACGUCUAAGGAACCUCUGCGAGCAAAUUUGACCAACUACAUGAGGAGCCUUGCCAACGAUCUGCCAUCGGGUCUCCCCGAGGGCACCAUUAUCAUGUGUGUCAACUCCAAUCUCGAUCUGGCUUGCAGCAUCAUUGAGAAGCAGGCUGAAGAGCGAGCAGUGCCGGAGAUUGAAGAGAUGCUGGAAAGCGACCUGGAGCACAGAAGGCGGCAUCGUAUUCAGCAGCCAAAUGAGCCCUACCAUCUAACAGGAAUAAACCGAUGGGCCAUGACUAUUCCAAGCCCUUACAAGAUACAGCCGAGACCUGGUGGUCUGAAUGCCGAACAGAUGGCGAUUUACGAAGACUUUGCGAGACAGCCUCGCACUACCUCUUCCACAGUAGCAUCUCAUGCGCCAUCUGCAUCAGAAGCUACAAGAUCGCUGGCAAAUGAGGUUCUACAAGAUACCUACAGUACCCUGCCAAACAUUCCCACACCCGCUGAGACACCUUCAAUCCAACAGCUGGGCGCGCAGCUCCAGCCAUAUGCCCCUGUUCAUAACCUUGCCGCAGCCAACGCGAUGGGUAAUGGACGAGCUGCCGGGUUUCAAAUGGAUGUUCGAGGUCUGGCAGAUCGAGUCAACAAGCUGCUACAGGAGUUACUGCGCGUGGCUAGAGAAGCUCAAGAGGACCACUUCGUCGGCCUGCCUCGGCCGCAUCCUGUUCUGGAUGUCGUCGAUGCCCUUGUACAGCUCAUCAUUAAGACGUCCCAAAACUCGGAAGAGUUUGCUAUUUAUGCCGCCGAGCAAAUUAGUGCCCUCAUCUUCCAGCAGGUUGAGGACAACUUGACGCUUGAGAGUCUGGUGCACGUACUAGAGACUCUGAGAAAGAUUUCUGGCCCUGCUUUGAACAGCCGAGUUCGUUCUCUGUUUGCCCAACAGCCUGGGCCAAACUUCCUGAGUCUUCCUCUGCUCGCAGCGCUGAUUCGGACCGAUUUGCUCGACUGGAGAAACAUUGAUCUCGCAAUGUCAAAGGUUUUAGAAGCUCGCAAGGACAGCUCGCUAGAGUUCCUCGAACAUAUGCUCGACCUUACAAUCCUCAACAACCGGCCUAUUGCGUUGUAUACUGACUUUGUACGCACCCUCGAGUCAGCCUGGACAUGGAUAUGCGAAGACCCCAACUCUACCACUGGCCAGCGGCUCAAGACCAAGCUGAUGGGCUCGGUUCCUGCUCAGCCUCCUCAAGGCCCAUCCAAUGCCGAGGAACAGUCCAUCCAACAUGAUCAGCUGGAGUAUGUCUUCGAAGAGUGGGUACACCUAUGCAAUAAUCAUAAUGCCUCAAGCAAAGCCACGACCAUCUUUAUCCAGCAGCUACAGGCAAGGCAUGUCAUCCGCAAUCGCGAGGACUUUUUAUUGUUUGUGCGCAUCGGUGUUGAUCUCUCGGUUGAGCGAUAUGAACACAUUCUACACACUGGAGCUAUUGGUGAUGCGUACGUCGCAACAGACGCGCUGGCAAAGUUUAUCGGCAUCUUCUCCGCUGUACACUCUGCGACACUCGUGUCCCGCGCCGCCUUUUUGGACUCGGUUUUGGUAUUGGUCUCGUUGAUACUCAACCACCAUCAUGUGAAGCGAGGGGAGCACCUGAAUCAAAGAGUCUUCUUCCGCCUCUUUUCCAUGCUUUUCCAUGAGAUUUCCUCUGUAUGCGAAGAGUUGCCGGAUGACGACCGCUGCGACGUUAUGCUGGGAGUUGCCACCAGACUCGAGAGCAUCGGCCCACAGCAUCUACCUGGAUUCGUAUUUGGAUGGCUGUUGCUUAUCCAGCAUCGGGCCUUUAUGCCUGUUUUGCUGCAGUUAGUAGACAAUGCAGGAUGGAAGCCUUUCGCGGACCUCGUCAGCCAGUUGCUCGGCUGCUUGAGCGAGCAGCUGAAGGCGCUCAACGUCAGCGAUGCCGGCAAAGAUCUCUCCAGGGGCACGGUGAAACUAUUUGUGGUCCUGCACCACGAUUUCCCAGACUUUUUGGCGGCCAACCACGUCAGAUUUUGUGCCAAGAUACCGACGCACUGUAUUCAACUGAUCAACACGGUUUUGACUGCGACUCCCCAGCAAAAUUACGGCAAGCCUAUCGAGAACAAUAAAGCUGAUCGGCUGGAGGAGCUGAAGACAUAUCCCGGCCUCAUUGACGAAGCGGUUGCAACUCUGACGGAGGCUGGCCUGUUGAGCGUGCUUGACCAGGUUUUCCAAAGCGGCCCUGCGGAAGAAGCGGUGGCGCAGAUUGUACACACUAUCACGUCCAACGCUCCCACCGAGACCACGUUCGGCCACGUGGCUAUCGCAGCGAACGCUGAGCUCAUCGGUGCAGUCGUACUGUAUGCCGGUCACCAUGCUACUGAGCAGCCACCGCCGGCGAGUGGUUCACUGUCCAUCUCAGGGAGCGAACCAGAGGUUGCCAUGCUAUCCCUUUUGGUGCACGAGCUACCUCCGGAAGCCCGUUAUUACUUGAUAGCCAGCAUGGUGAACCAACUAAGGUUCCCCAAUCCUCAUACUGAGUUCUUCAGCCAACUGUUGCAACACAUCUUUGGGAAAGAUAUGAACGAUCCUGAGGAAACAGACAUUCGUCAAGAGAUUACGCGAAUCCUCUUGGAGCGGCUGGUGGGAUUCUGGCCCCAGCCCUGGGGACUCAUCUACACAGUUGUAGAAAUAUGCAAGAACGAGAGAAACAUGUUCUUUGAACUCCCCUUUAUCAGAUCAACCCCCGAGGUUGCUGAACGGUUCGCCUCUGUGCUUCAACGGGUAUAAUUUACAUCGAAAGGACUCGACACGAAGCUACGAUGACACAGUGGGGAGAGGUUCUAUGAGUCUAAUCGCAUAAAUUUUGGUGCGUCGGAGCAAGGAAUUCGGUUUGCUCAAUUUUACUUGUCUUAUCUUUUUUAUUCUAUAUUGUCCUUUUUUUUUUCUUCACUGGGAAUAGAACGGAAAGGGAAAAGGGUGAACUGUCAAAGAAAAGUUCGGAUCUAGUUUUGCUCGGUUGAGCAUAUACAAGGAGGGGGCGACUUGAGCGAACGGUAUAAAUGUAAUACUUUGUAUUAAUGUACGAUAAAUGCUUUUUUUUUUCGAUGCGAGAGGGGUGGCGUAUUUGGGAGCAUCUAGGGUUAUGGAACCUAGCCGGAUAACAUUUGGGUUCAAGAUGACAGUUUAUGAAGAGGGAAGCAAGGGCUACGAUGGACAUUGCAAAGGCGAAAGGUUAUGGAUUUUUUUCUUUCUUUCUUUGUGAGACAAAUGGCGCCGGGGCAAGUUAUUCUUUAUCAGAGUAGUGGCUCUACUAAAUGGUAACAUGUCCACGCAUGACUUGGACCGCCGACCCAGCAAGUGUGACUGUAUCAAGAGCACCGUCUUUGAGGGUGACGUCGACCACAAUGAAGCUCUCCCUGCCCAUCUCGACGCCCUGGGUGAAUUCGUACCGUCUUGCCUGCGUCGUCUGCUUGUCUCCUCCGUGGAUGCUCAUGUAGGCCGCCAGACAGCACGAAGCCGAGCCUGUGGCGGGAUCCUCCAGGUCAUGGGCCAUCAUGCGAGUGCGCAGCUGGAUCACAGGCACGCCGUCGUCCGUGGUCGAGGUGCCCGUGCGAACAUGGUAGAAGCGGCCGACAAAGCCCUGCUGCCAGUCGGCAUCCAGAAAAUCGGCGGCCUUGAACUCCAUGCUGCUGACGUUGACGGCGGCGAGCAGCUCCAGCGACGACAGCUCAAUGGGCACAAAGGUCAUGCCCUUGACGAGGCUGAAGACGGGCGCCGCAAGCUCCAGCUGGCGAAUGGUCUCAUUGCGCUGGAGGUGCACCGCGGGCUCGAGGCCCGGAUAGGAGGCGAGGCUGGCGGCGUGCAGGUGGACGUUGUGCGGGACGGCGAUGGAGACGGAGUCCGGGCCGGUGGGCGUGACGGGGAUGGGGCCGGCCUUUGUGACGAUUUGGGUGACGCCCUGGGAUAGCAGCGUGAUGGCGCCGCCGAUGGUUGGGUGGCCGGCAAAGGGGAUCUCGGCGGUGGUGAGGAAGAUGUCGAUGGUGCGGGAGGAGUUGGUGGCCGGGUCGGCGACGUCGUGGAUGAAGAUUGUCUCGGAGAAGUUGAAUUCGCGGGCGAUGGUUUGUUUCUGGGCUUGGGUUGGCUGCGGGCCCCAGGGGGGGAUGGUGACGACGGCGAGGGGGUUGCCGGCGAAGCGGGAGCGGGUGAAGACGUCGAGGGUUACGUAGGGGAGUUCCAUGUUGAUGAGGUGUAUGAUGUAGAGGGAGAGGUUGAGAAGAGGAAGUGGUAGAUUUGUAGUGGGACAAGGGU